AUGAUAGAUCUUAUUAUAAAACCUGUGUUUUAUUUUGAAAUAGCUGUAAUUAAAUUAUAUAAUUAAAAUAUAUAUUACAAAUCAAAAGAAUCUGCUAUUCAUAAAUUAUAUUACAAUUCUAUUUGUUUCUUAGGAAUACUCAAUACUUCAUUAUUCUCAUAAUAAAAUGUAUAAUUAUAUCAACCUAUGGAGAAUGUUUUAAAAUAAAUCAUUAAAUUAAAUACUCAAAUUCCAUCCUUUUAAUAAGCCAUUUAAUCAAAUUUUGCUAAUAUGUAAUUAUUCUAAAAUUAUUAAUAUGAAAAAUACUAAUAUCUAUUUGGAAAUAAUAAUCUUAUUAUAAUUAAAUUAAUAGAUGUAAUCAUAAGAUUCAAUAAUUAAGAAUUGAUAGACCUAUUAUUUGAUUAUAAAAUCUUUGAUUAUUUAUUGUUUUAUAUUUAUAUUUAUUUAUUUAAUAGCAUUUAACAUCAUUAUUUCAUUUAAACAAACUAAUUACAUAAUACUAUUAUAUAAGAUAUUCAAAGAAUAAUUAAUUAAACUUAGAUCCUAGAGUAUUUGAAUAAAAAUAUAGUUUUAUCUAAAAAGUAUUAAUUCAUAUUUUAUUAAAGCAAUUUAAAAUUAGGUUAUAUGGUUUGUUUAAAAAAGAUAGGUUAUCUACUUCUAUCAUACUUAGAAAAUUAUGAAUAGUAUUAGUCAUUAAAGACUUAACUGCUUGAAUUUAAACAUUAAGAGGACUCUUUCCUUUUAAAUAUUAACCUUAAGGAUUGUAAAGAGAUUCCACCAAUUCAAUUGAGUAUUGAAAGAUAAAUUGAAAUGAUGCUUGAUUAAAAGAAUAAUAAUAAUAAUUAAAAUUAAGACACAUAUCCCUUAUGA